UUUGAGUACCUACGUAAAAUAUGUAGGCGCAGCAGUUUACGUUCUUAUCGGUAAAAAUAUUUUAUCGAAUUUACAUCAUAUGGAACAAAAGUUUGUCAUACCUAUAUGAAUUGGCCAGCUGCCAGAAAUCGGGUUUAAAGGUUUGUGAAAAGCGUUCUUUUUCACAUACCAGUCAAAGUGGUGAGUCGAGAUAGGUAUACAUAUAUCUGAUUCAACGAGCAGACGAGGUGAGUAUUGGGGUCAUUGAGAUAUUUAUAAUUUGUUUUUCACGUCAGAUGCCACAUGCACGUACAUAAAAAAUCAGAAAAUAUGUUACCUGGCAGUUUAAUCAUGUUCAUCCGUAUUUUUCUUAGAAUGUUACUGGUAGCAUAAAUCUGCUUAUGCACGUGUUAAUUGUGUUGUAUCGUCAUAGUAGCUAUUCGAUGAAGCUUACCAUGUGUGUGUGCGCUUUUCUGUUUCAUAGCGUUUUCACCAAAGCAUAAAAUACAGGAGUACAGAUCAAAUUCAUCACUUUACAUUACAUACAUUAAUAACGAUGCUGACGAUUCAAUACGACCCCUCAUAUGGAAGCAAAUAUGAUUACCUUUGGAUGCCGUCAUAUAAGUACACACUAGAUUACAGUAAAUAUGACCCCAGAAAUCCUCGAUCCAGAUUCGAACCAUCUAGACAUUGUUAUUGGUACCCUUACUAUUGGCCAGCUCAUCUGAUGGAGAACACGCCCACAGCUAGUUCCCUGCGAGAAGUUAGAGAUUUUAAACUUUCCAGCGUUUCUAUGAAUGAAGAUAGUUCUAAUGAAAGAAAAAAUCGCGAAUGAACAGGAGUGGAUCACAGAGAGUAUACAAGUGUCCAAGAUACGGAUGAUUGAUGACUUUGAUUUUGCUGCGCCACAACUUGUACUAUUUACGUCCCUGAGUGCAUGAAUCGCAAUUAGGGUGGAAUGAUGUACUGAAUUUACCCACGACAACACUAUAAUGUGAUAUUUAAUUAUUUUGCAUUAGUGUACUGUAUCUAAUAAACUUUAUUUUCAUAUAGA